GAAAUUAAGCAUUGAAUUGCUUUUUGAAAAUUUACUAUAAGCUGUGUUUCAGCUUAGUGUGAUUUUGUACACUGUCUUAAAACACCUGAAGAAAGUUAUAAUGGAAAUGUGUAGCUAACUACCACAUGAGUAGUUCUUCCUAUGUAUGUAGUCACCUUUUUAAGAAAUACUUUUUUUUUUUGGCUAAACUGUAGGUGAGGAAAAAUGUGUAAAAGUUACGGUUCUUACCAAAAUUAAUUGAUUAAAGUUCAACAAAUAUGGCAAAUCAGUGUACUUAUUCAAAGUGAAUUUUUCAGCUUUUAGGCUUUUUUUCCCCUUAGUCUCUACGAUUAUUUUAGAAUUACCUGUUGUUAUUAGGCAAUUAAAAUGUUUAUAAGACAUUUAGGCCACCCUUCUUCAGAUAAGUAUACUGAAAUUGACUCUACAAGUUAAUGUUUUAAGCAGUUUCCUGAGAGUUGGGAACUUUUUUUGUUGCAGUUAGUUAUUCCCCAAACUUUUAACAAUUUUACGAGGCGUAUUUCUUGGAACUGGACUCUUAGGCAUCCUGGAUAUUGGUGGACUGCCUUAUUAAUUGAAUGUGUGUAGGCUUUGUUUUAAAUUGCAGCUUGAUUAUGUGAAAUAGAUUUUUGUUUUCUUGUUUAUUUGAAAUUGGAUGGAAUCAAAUGGAAGGUUAUCAGAAUUGUUUGCAUCACAAGUAGGUAGUUUCAGUAACAGGAUAGGGGCACUCAUUAAGGAACAAAUUUCAAUUCGCACAUAAUUUGUUUUUUCUUUUUCUUUUUUUUGACUGAUUUGGUUAUUUGCCAUUUCUGGGGAUUAAACUUUAAAAAAUGUUCUUCUUUUCUGUAUCUGAUGUUCUGUGUGCUAUUAGUGAUGCAGCCAACACGAACGGUUGUCAUGUGUAACACAACUUUCGAUCACCGCGAAAACACCGCCCUGGGAAAGCGUCCAUGCUUGAUAUCGUUUGGUUCAUGAACAUUAAGUUUCCAGUACAGGUAAAAUCCCAGAGGAAUCCAAAGCCCUCUCUCUAUUGGCUCCUGCUCCAACCAUGACAAGUCUGAUGCCUGGUGCAGGACUGCUUCCCAUACCAACCCCCAGUCCCUUGACUACACUUGGUGUGUCACUUAGUAGUUUGGGAGCUAUACCAGCAGCAGCACUAGACCCCAACAUUGCGACACUUGGAGAGAUACCACAGCCGCCACUCAUGGGAAAUGUGGAUCCUUCCAAAAUUGAUGAAAUUAGGAGAACAGUCUAUGUUGGAAAUUUGAAUUCCCAGACAACCACAGCUGAUCAACUACUUGAAUUUUUUAAACAAGUCGGAGAAGUAAAGUUUGUACGGAUGGCAGGUGAUGAGACUCAGCCAACUCGGUUUGCUUUUGUGGAAUUUGCAGACCAAAAUUCUGUACCAAGGGCCCUUGCUUUUAAUGGAGUUAUGUUUGGAGACAGGCCACUGAAAAUAAAUCACUCCAACAAUGCAAUAGUAAAACCCCCUGAGAUGACACCUCAGGCUGCAGCUAAGGAGUUAGAAGAAGUAAUGAAGCGGGUACGAGAGGCUCAGUCAUUUAUCUCAGCAGCUAUUGAACCAGAGUCUGGAAAGAGCAAUGAAAGAAAAGGCGGUCGAUCUCGUUCCCACACUCGCUCAAAAUCCAGGUCUAGCUCAAAAUCCCAUUCUAGAAGGAAAAGAUCACAGUCAAAACACAGGAGUAGAUCCCAUAAUAGAUCACGUUCACGACAGAAAGACAGACGCAGAUCUAAGAGCCCACAUAAAAAACGUUCUAAAUCAAGAGAACGACGGAAAUCAAGGAGUCGUUCACGUUCACGGGACAAGAGAAAAGAUACACGAGAAAAGAUCAAGGAAAAGGAAAGAGUGAAAGAGAAAGAUAGAGAAAAGGAAAGGGAAAAAGAGAGAGAGAGGGAAAAGGAACGUGAAAAAGAAAAGGAGCGGGGUAAAAACAAAGAGAAAGACCGGGACAAAGACCGGGAAAAGGACCGGGAAAAAGACAAGGAAAAGGACAGAGAGAGAGAGCGGGACAAAGAUGAAAAGGAACGAGACAAAGAGAAGGAAAAAGAACAGGACAAAGAAAAGGAACGAGAAAAGGACAGAUCCAAAGAGAUAGAUGAAAAAAGAAAGAAGGAUAAAAAAUCCAGAACACCACCCCGAAGUUACAAUGCAUCAAGAAGAUCUCGUAGUUCCAGCAGGGAAAGGCGUAGGAGGAGGAGUAGGAGUUCUUCUAGAUCCCCAAGAACAUCAAAAACCAUAAAAAGGAAGUCUUCCAGGUCUCCCUCCCCAAGAGGCAGAAAUAAGAAGGAUAAAAAGAGAGAAAAGGAACGGGACCAUGUCAGUGAAAGAAGAGAGAGAGAACGCUCAACCUCUAUAAAAAAAGGUUCUGAGGACAGAGAUGGGAAGGAGAAGUUGGAGAAGAACAGUACUGCACUCAAAGUAAGCGAUGAGAAGGAGCACAAUAAAGAACCAGAUUCAGAUGUGGGCAAAGAAGUAGAUGACAAGGAUGCACCGAGGACUGAGGAGAACCAAGUCCAGCAAAAUGGGAAUUGUCAGCCAAAUGAAGAAAACCUCGCUACCAAAACAGAAACAGUAUAGGACCAACCAAGGCACCUCUGCACUCAACGCUGAAAUCAAAUCCAAAGCUUUUAAGUCUCAACAACCGGAUGUAGUAAGCAGGGACGAAAUCUAGUUGAGCAUAAAGAUAGCAGCUAACAGCUUUCCAAUUGUUAGGUGACUUAGUGGUCAUCUUGUUUCUGAGUAAGAGCAUGGACAUGGAGAAAAUAGAUGUUACUCAACCUUCUCAUCUAAAAUCUGUGCAAUUCCAUGGUGGCUGACACAUUUGUCAUGUGAUUUACUAGUGUUUGCCAUGAACCAUUACAAAUAAAUAGAACAUCAGAGAUCCAAAUUUAUACUAUCUCUAAAUAUUGGUAAUAAGCUUUGGAGGCUCUUUAAAACAAGGCUGGUUACUGAAUUUUGUAUUUUACUUUUUAAAAAAACAGUUUCAGUAUAUACAGUUUGAUGUGCUUGAAAUUGGUGCAAAUAUAAACACACCCCUUGUAAGUGCAAAGUAUGUAAGAAGUUUUAACAUUUACUUCACAAGAUUUACAGUGAUUGUGUUAAAUUCUCACUUGUGUUUUCUUUUGUUCACUGUUUAUGACAGCAGUUUUUCUUUAAAAUAGUUUGACAGAUUAAAAUUGUUUAAAUAAGUGGAUUUAAAAAAACAACUGACAAUGCAUGCUACUGUUCUCUUUCAAAGGAAGAGUAACUGUGUUGAAUACUAAUACUGUAUUAGUAUUCAGUGUUUAGAAUCAUUGGGUCUACCCACAAAGUGAGCAUUUCUUUUUAAACUUUCUUGACAUUUCCAAGCUUAUUAUGAAUAAUAGUACAGUGUGUAUUGUCAGCUAAAGGUGGCAAAGGUGCCCUUAUCAAAAGGAAACUGGGUUUUCAGAAUGGGCUAUGGGAGCACAAGCUGAAGCUUUAGUGCCUUCUAUAAUGUGGUAUACUGUUUUCUAGAAUUUUAUAUGUGCUAGUCAUUCUCAGUUCAUAUGGAAUCUAGAUGGAUAUUCUAUUUACAUCCAUAGAGAAGUGUGCAAGUGAUGUGUCAGAAGAGCUUCUUAGUUCACCUAAUAGGGGAAGGAAGUCCUAUUUUCAAGACUGACUCUAGAGUUUGAAACAACAAUGCAGUUUUGGGACCAUCAGUUUUAUACUGUGAUAAUUGAAACAUGUUAUUUUCUUUAAAGUGAAGGAAACCUUUUAGUUGUCUACAUUGGAUGGCCUUAACUGUUACCUCUCAAUCAUCUUCUCAUAAAUGAUGUGCAGAAAUUAUACUUUCAGGAAGAAUAGACAUACCCGGGAGGUUGUUUUAUGUUCAAGGGUAUGUUUCCUUGAGUUUAAGAUACAGGUCAUCCAUCAUUCUUAGGCUCACUUUUUGCUGAAAGUGUGCAGGUAGUAAAAUGACAACAUUGCUAAGGUUUCCCCCGAAACUCUUAAGUUGUGGUUUCUUAAUUCAUUUCAUUACUGUUCUAUUUCCAAAAAAGUAAUGCAUUAUAAUUAGCAUGUUAUUAAAAAAAUCAAGUAUAAUUAUUUUAAUGCAGUUUAAUACAAUCAAAUUACUCAGUUGCCUUACCUCAUGGGAAGAGUUACUUUUAUAGGUAGAUUUAAAAAGCUGAGUAGCAGUUAGUUACUUGGUUUCACCUUGAGUUUUCUGUUAAUGUUAAUACUAUUGAAGUUUAAGUAUUUGGUAGAGAAUGGAAAGAGAUGAGAGAUGCCCUUACUGCAAGUAAUGAAGCCUGGUUUGAUUAUGAAGCUGCUUAAUCACUCUUCAUGUGUUCAGAAUUACUGUGUUUUUUUUUUUUUUUUUUUUUUGUCACUGUGUACAUUAAAACUUUGGAAAAUGCUUUACUAUGUAAAGUAUAGAUGGUCAUUUUAAUCAUUCAACCACAUACGGUUGGCUGUAAACAGCUUAUUCUGAUAUAAGAAUGCUUGGGUGCAUAUGGAAAGAUUGUGUAGGAUUGUGUGUCUUGCAUCAACAGCUGUCUUAUUUAUGAUAUGUAAGUAGACUAGAGCAAAUGUUUGAAUCUUUGUUAUUUUUAGUACCAUUUCUCUAAUAAAGCUAAGUAUUUUAGAGGAAAUUAUUUGUUUAUGCAUUUCAAAAGGGCAUCUUAGUUUCAUCCUGCUUUUCUUUUAAUUGGCGUAGAGAUUAUUUUGCCAUAUAGAGUGCAUGUUUUGUGUGCUGUCUAUAAAACUAUCAUUUGAAAUUGGAGUGUUUUCUUAUACUCUGGACUCUAUUAAAUGUCUUUCAUGUUGGUAAUUAACAUUUAAUCUGGUUCCUGCUGUUGAUUUGUUCAGUUUAAAAAUUGUAAAAAUCUUGAAAGAUGCUGAUUUAUUGAAGCUGGAAAUGAAUGAGAGUACAAGGGUUCUGUAGAGAGUAAUAUCAGAUUAUUAUGCAGUAUUUGACGUUUGACUUGGUCUUAGGGAAGCAAAGCUAUUUAGGUUCUAGUGAGAGUGUGUGUGUGUGUGUGUGAGAGAGAGAGAGAGAGAUUUUUGUUGACCUGGAGCUGAUAAUGUUUUCAUUUGUAGAUUUUUUUUCAAGGUACUUUGUUUUUUAUCUUUAAACUUCUUUUUCAUCCCAGGUAGAUGUUGUCAGAAAAACUUGAGGUAAGGCCAAGAGGACAGCAUCUUACAAUUGAUACCUUCUGAUUAUCUUUUUUAGCUAGAUUAUGCAAGAGUAUAUGCUUUUCCUUAAAUUGUACUUGCUGUUCAUCAUUCUAGGAAAAUUUUGUUGGAACUCUUAUUCUUGCUUUUCAGCAACACAAACUGACCUGACCGCAUAGGAUGGUCCUUCCUAAGCUUGCCAGUCAGUUUCAUGUGUGACAGCUUGUAAAUCUUUAACUGCUAAUUUACCUCCUUAGUUAUUUUUUCUUCAAUCUAAUUAAUUAGCUUGUAACUACUACAAACACUGGUCAGCUUAUUUAGAAUUUUCCAUAUUUCGAAUUCCAUUUUGAAGGGCUUUAAUGUAUGCUAUGUUGAUUACUAGAGCAUUAGAGGCUUAAGUUUUGAUUUGCUCAAUUAAAAGCUGCCGUUUAUAAUGAAAAAUAGUUUUUUUUUGGUUAUGAAAAUAAUUUGUUUUGUGAUAUUCAUCAUUUUCAGGAAUCUGUCCUUGCCUGUGUAUAUGGUAUUAUCCAAACCUGCUCUCCACUGAAGACAUUCACAUUUAAGGAUUAUAUGUAUAUUAAUAGGCUUUUAUAGGCUUUUUUUUUUUUUCAAUCUACAUGAUACCAGAAAUAUAGAGCAUGGUUUGAUUUAAUCAUCUUUCUUUAAUUUUUAUGUUAGCAAAAUGAAUCCUUUUGGAAUGAUGAAUUGUAAUAUUUCUGUGGGUCAUUUUAUAUUUUCGUUAAAAGAUAGUACUUGAUUUUAUCUGGUUGGGUAUGAAGUAUAUCUAGUCUCCCAAAGUAAAAGUAAAGUGAUCAUACAUUCCUUAUGUGUUUAAAUAUUUUUAAAUUUUUAUACUACUUAUAAUUUCAAAAGUUGAUGUUCUUAAAAGGGCUAAAUUAUAUCUCUGGAAGCAGGAACCUGCUUAUCCUUUAAAAGAUAAAAAUCUUUUACAAUAAAAUUAAUUUCCACAAUUAUUCUUGGGUUUGAGGGUGUGGGUUUUUUUAAGUACACUUUUAUUGGUAAUUUUGCCCAGUAAGUGAUAUGUUAUUUUAAAAAUAAGCUAAAGCCAUUUGUGAUUUUUGGUCCAUUUUCUCUGAGGUUGGAUUUGAUAACUAAUAAUCUUUCCAUUGUAGUCUAAGAUAUUUUCAUAAUUUGUAGCAAUUUAUUUGUUAGAAUUAUUAGUUUGUGUCUAAUAUAACUUUUCUUAAGAUAGUAUUUUUAGAAGUUGAGUUUUAAUUUGUUGCUUGUUUUUUAAAUUUAUAUCUAUCAUUUUAAUUUUGAAAAUUGCUAAUUUGGGGGGAGACUUCUCAUAUUUUACCUCUAAAUUUUCUUUUUCCAGGAUUGGGAUGAAGUAGUUCUCUCUAUUCUUAAUUAGGUUUUAUUUGUUAGAUAACUGCUUAAAUAUGUAUAUAAGUUCAAAUUCUUGAAAAUCACACUGAAAGAAGAGAUUGAUUUCUACCAGUUUAAGGUAGGCAAACACAGUUAGCAAAUGACCUAAAAGAAUAAUUCCUGAUUCCCCCAAAAGAUUAACUUUGGGUAUAUGGUGUAGCUGUAUAGGUAAACUUAAUAGUUAAAUUAUUAUGUUAAUCUUGAUUAGCUUAAUAGAGUAGUGCUAUGGAUUAUCAAGGGAAGAUUUCAAAUGUAAACAAAGAUGCUGCAUAGGUGGUGUAUAUUUGUGAGUAGGAUGACUUUUAAAAUGGUACUGGUAAAGAUUUAUUAAAUGAUGCUGCUAUUAUGUUGCUAUAUUUUUAAUAAAAUGAAAAUCUUAAAAUCUU